AGGCUGGGGGAACGCGCCCGCGGUACGCACGGGUGCUCGGGAUGGCAGCGGCGGCUGCCACGGCGGCUGUGACAGUCAGCCCGGCGGCUGCGCCAGUGGAAGAGGAGGGCCCCAGUGGAGAGGCAGAAUCGGCGGCGGCCCCUCAGCCGCAGGCCCCAGCAGCUUCGGUUGGGCCCCGCUUGUCGCGGUUGCCUCUGGCGCGGGUGAAAGCGCUGGUGAAGGCAGACCCAGACGUGACGCUUGCAGGCCAGGAAGCCAUCUUCAUCCUGGCGCGAGCCGCGGAACUCUUUGUGGAAACUAUUGCAAGAGAUGCCUACUUCUGUGCCCAACAAGGGAAAAGGAAAACUCUUCAGAGGAAGGACCUGGAUAAUGCAAUAGAAGCUGUGGAUGAAUUUGCUUUUCUAGAAGGCACUUUGGAUUGAGUUGCACGAGUUCUGCAGAUCCUGGAGUCUCUUAUUGAAUUCCUGUGUUCUCCUACCUGCACUGCAGCAGGUCUCAUCUGUGUCUGAAUGUUGUCCUACACAGACUGUUUCCUAGGGGAGCAUUUUCUGUUAUUCCAGUUCAUUGCUCUAUUUCCUGCUGCCCACGUAAUCUUUGAAAGGAUAUCAACCCAAGAAUGGGCUUGUCUGUGAUUUUAGCUCUUGGCUUUUCUUGGCACAAGUCUCACCACUGCCUGUGUCCACUAGUGAUGGGCUUGGUUCCACACCUGAUCCCUGUGGAGAGAAGGAUGAAGAAUUUUUUUCUUGGUAGAGAGGCCUUAUGAAAAAUGAAGCACAAAAUAAAGAUGUUUGGACUAACAUGCACUUAAA